AUGAAAGUCUUUACCGCCUUCUCGCUCCCAUUGCGCCGGCUUGCUACUCGACGGCCAUGGACCUGCUCCAAUUGUCGUGGAGGCCCGUUGGCGCAGCAGUCUAGCCGGGCACAAGAGCAGCAACAGCAACGAUUUAGCAACACCGCACGCGGGUUCUCUUCCACGACCACGAAGGCCGCGAUCAACCGGGCCACACCGAAGACCGGCGGUGGUAAGAAGGGUGGUCGCGUUUGGCUUCUUGCUUCAGGCGGUGGCGCUGCGACGGCGGGUGUCCUUGCGUUUGGUGACGACAUCAAGUACGGCUACGAUGCGGCGGAGCGAGCAGGCCGUGUUGCUGCAGCGCUUGCACGAUGUGCCGAUCGAACAUUAAAGGUCCUGGAGAAGAACGGUGGGAUCUUCAUCAAAUUGGGCCAGCAUCUUAGUGCUAUGAACUACCUCCUCCCGCAAGAGUGGACGAACACCUUCAUUCCGCUACAAGACAAGUGCCCCGUAUCAUCCUUCGAGUCGAUCGAAGAAAUGUUCCGCAAGGAUACUGGAAAAGAGCUCUGGGACUACUUCUCCGAAUUCUCAAACGAACCGAUUGGUGCCGCAUCGCUGGCUCAAGUACACACCGCUACAGUGAAGGACACGGGAAUGCCUGUGGCUGUCAAGGUGCAGCACCCAGGACUAGGCCAGUGGUCUCAACUCGACCUCGCCCUGACACGGUUCACAUUUUCCACGCUCAAGCGCUUCUUCCCGGAAUACGACUUGGAAUGGCUCUCUAAGGAAAUGGAUAUCUCGCUACCGAAGGAAUUGGACUUCAGAGAAGAAGAGCAUAAUGCUAAUCGUACGAGGGAACAUUUCGCCAAGCUGCCCGAGCACCCUCUCGUCGUCCCCGGUGUACUCUGGUCGAAGGAGCGCAUUCUGGUCAUGGAGCGGGUGUCUGGACAUCGAUUAGACGACCUCGAGUACCUUGACGCCAACGGUAUUGACCGAGACGAGGUUUCCGCCUGUCUCGCGCGCGUUUUCAACGAAAUGAUCUUUGGCCACGAUGCACCCUUGCACUGCGAUCCCCACGGCGGCAACCUGGCCAUUCGCAAGAAUGAGUCCAGACGCGGCCUCCGAGGCGGGCACAACUUUGAUAUCAUUCUCUACGACCACGGCCUCUACCGCGAAAUCCCCCGCGACCUGCAGCGCUCCUACGCCAAGAUGUGGCUCGCCGUCAUUGACGGCGACAUGAAGCGCAUGCGCAAGUACGCCAAGGAGGUGGCCAACAUCAACGACGAGCAGUUCCCUCUUUUCGCCUCCGCCAUCACGGGCCGCGACUGGAGCGUUCUUAACAGCGAGGGCUCCGUCUUGAAGACGCGCACGGACGACGAGAAGAAGGAGAUGGGCGACGCGCUGCAGGAGGGCCUGAUUGUCGACCUCGUUCAGCUCCUCGGCCAGGUCCCGCGCAUCAUCCUCCUCAUCCUCAAGACCAACGACCUCACCCGUAGCCUGGAUGAGAACCUACAUACCCGUCAGGGCCCCAUCCGCUCCUUCAUGAUUCUCGCCCGGUACUGCACCCGGACCGUCUUUGAGGAGCAGCUCGAGGACCUGAAGCGGCGGGGCUCGCUGCUGUGGCCGCCGAAUACCUUGCGCCUCAUGUCCGCGUGGAUCGGCUUCUUGAGGGUGGAGCUCAAGCUUGGAGCCUUUGAGUUGUAUUUGAGCGCCAAGAGGGCGUUUGGAUUCAAGGGCGUUGAGUUUGCGGCUCCGGGCAUGUAA